AUGAGAACCCCAAUCCAUGCACUUGUAUUUUGUGCAUUGCCUUUUAUCCAAAGAGUAGCGAAUUGGUCAGAUGAACCGCAUAUGCUCAUAGCGCACAUUGCAUACGAGAAUUUAAACGACAAUGAAAAGGAAACUUUAGAUCGAAUCUUUGCACACAGCCAUGAUAAAAAUUUUGAUAACAUGAUAAGUGCAUCAACAUGGCCAGACCACAUAAAGGCAUCGGAUUUAAGGAGAUCCCAUUAUUCAUUCCCAUUUGAAAGACAAGAAAUUUUAAAUAUCUUUAACGACUGGCAUUAUGUACGAACGCCUUACAAUCCCAUGAACGUGCAUUUAUCUCCCAAGCAUUUAUAUGGCCACAAGGGGAAACAUAACGCAGCAGGAAUUUCAAAACACAUUUUCAGGACUCUGGUGAGCAUUAAGAAGAAGCCCAAGUAUGGUUCCUACUAUUCCUACAAUUUCUACCUAAAAUACUUCAUCCAUUUAUUUGGUGAUAUUCACCAACCAUUACAUACAAUUAAUGUAUUUAAUGACCAUUUAGUUAAUGGAGAUAGGGGAGGAAAUAACAUUACUGUGAGUUAUGGAGGCCUCACUGGUAAUAUACAUUACUUAUGCGAUAAUAUCUUUAACACGAGAAGGAAAAAGUGGCCCACUGUAAAUGUAGACAAAGUUAAGACGGAUGCUAUGAACUUGAUGAAUUCUUAUCCUCCUAGCAAAUUUGGGAACCAGCUCAAAAUCCCCAGAGACAAAAUUGCAUACAUAGACACCAUUGUGCACGAGGCCUAUGAGUUGGCUCUCGAAUAUAUUUACAAUAGAUUACCCGUGGAUAAUUUAUCUAGAGGAAAAACAUUUCCUGUUAAUAAAACUUUUGUGACGCAACUAAAGAAUGUUCUCAAUCGGCAAAUAGUUUUGGCUGGGUACAGGUUGGCGGAGUAUUUAAAGGACAUCCUCGAUAAUGUUCCGGACGAUUUGUAG